CUGUUGAAGUAGGUGAAGUGGGAAACCCUUUCCUUAGAUUUUGUUUUGGUUAAAGAUUCAGAAGUCAAAACUGUCUAUUCCUUCAACCGUUUUUUCAAAGUUGUUUUUUGAUUUAUGAUUUUUAUUUUUUUUUGCUUUGAAAGGAAAACUUAAUCAUCCCUUUUUUUGGUUAGUAGUGUAAGCAAUGUUGUCCCAGAGAAUGUUCAACUCUCAAGUUUUCAUGAGCAAAAAAAGUGGUUUUGUUUGUGCUGAGGUUUGUGCAGGAACAAUCUUGGGUUUUUAUUCUUUAAUGCAUAGUGGUGAUGAUAGAAAUGACAUGCAUCAUUAGUUGAUGGCUUUUUCUCUCAACUACUAUCCCAUGUUGGUUUUUGGAGCAUCUGUUCUGAAACGUUGAUUCCCUUUGAAAUCUGAUCUGACCCAUCUUUUUUUUUUCUUCUUUUUUUGUUCUGGGACCAAUUUUCUCCCACCCUAUACUCUUUUGUGUUUGUGAGUGCCUGUUAUCAAACCUCUAAGAGUUCAAAGAAUCUGGUUAUGUUAGGAUUGAUUUCCGGGUAAAUUUGUUGCUGGCUACCAAAUUGAGAUUGAGGUGCUUUCUGGGUAUUGGGGUUUGGUAAUGAAAAAUAUGGAGUUUUAGGUUUGUGCAGUUUGGCUCAGAAAAAAAUGGGAUCUCAAGGGGGGACAAUACAAGAGCCAAAAAAUGCACCUUUGGCUAGGGAAGGGUCCUUGUAUAAUCUGACCCUUGAUGAGGUGCAGAACCAGCUUGGAAAUUUGGGGAAACCACUUGGAAGCAUGAAUCUGGAUGAGCUUCUCAAGAGUGUGUGGAGUGUUGAUGCUAGUGAUGCCUCAGGAUUGGAUUUUGGUGGUGAUGCUAACAUGCAACAUGGUCAAGUUGCUUCUGGGUCCUCUUUGAAUCCACAAGGGAGCUUAACUUUGUGUGGGGAUCUUAGCAAGAAAACUGUUGAUGAGGUUUGGAGAGAUAUGCAACUGAAGAAGAGUACUAAUAUGGAUAGGAAAGUCCAUGAGAGACAACCUACACUGGGUGAGAUGACCUUGGAGGAUUUCUUGGUGAAGGCUGGAGUGGCUGCUGAAUCUUUUCCUACCAAGGAUGGUGCUAUGGAAGUGGUUGAUUCAAAUGGGGCUUCCCAACAAAAUGUUUCACAACAUGGUCAUUGGAUGCAAUACCAGCUCCCUUCAGUGCAGCAGCCUCUACAACAGCAUCAGCAUCAAAAUCAGCAAAAAAAUUUGAUGGGGGGUUUUGUGGCUGGUCAUGCCAUUCAACAGCCUUUCCAGGUUGCGGUGAGUCCAAUUUUGGAUGCAACAUACUCUGAAGCAAUGGUGACAAUGUCACCAUCUUCUUUAAUAGGUACAUUAUCAGAUACACAAACUCCAGGUCGGAAAAGGGUUGCCUCUGGUAAUGUGGUUGAGAAAACUGUGGAGAGGAGGCAGAAGCGGAUGAUUAAGAAUAGGGAAUCUGCUGCUCGGUCACGAGCAAGAAAACAGGCUUAUACACAAGAACUGGAAAUUAAAGUUUCGCAUUUAGAAGAGGAGAACGAAAGGCUGAGAAAACAGAAUGAGAUAGAGAGGGUGUUGCCAAGUGUGCCACCACCUGAGCCUAAGAAUCAGCUUCGAAGAACUAGCUCAGCGUCCUUUUGAUGUCUUCAUUGCAAUGAGUUCCUAAUUCUCUUUCAUGCUAUCACAUCACAUAGUUCUCAUGUGCACAUUUGAUUCUCAAGUUUUCCAAGGCUAUUUUUCUCAGGGUAGUUGUUUGUGAUGCUAUCAGUUUUCCUCAGCUUGCUCUAUUCGAAUAUUUUCCUCUAUGUACAUUUUUAUAAACCUAACUUGCAAUUUAAGCAGCAUCAUAAAUACACUUGAGUCUAAUUCUUGACCUGUAAGUGGCUUUACUACCAUUGUUUUUCAUGGCUUCUCUGUGAGCAAGAGUGUGUAACUUAUAGCCAUUACUCAUUUGCAUUUGCUUAAACCUGUUAAACUUUAGUUUUAAACUA